AUGGAGUGUAAUUGUAAUUCCUCUCUGGGUCCUUUUCCCUCGACUUACUGGAGCAGAACAGUGCUGUUCCCUGAUUGGGCGUAUAAACCAGCGUGGUCUCCAGGCUCGCGGCAGGUGCAGUUAUGGCACUUCCUGUUGGAGCUGUUGGGGCGUGGCGAAGGCGGAGCGAUCACGUGGGGCAGCGAAUGGGGAGAGUUUGUGAUCAGAGACCCAGAGAGAUUGGCUAAACUGUGGGGGGAGAGGAAGGGCAAGCCGCACAUGAAUUACGACAAACUCAGCAGAGCUUUAAGGUAUUAUUAUAAUAAGCGAAUUUUGCACAAGACCAAAGGAAAACGUUUCACCUACAAGUUUAACUUCAGUAAACUAAUCUUAGUGAAUUACCCAAGUCUUCCAACCUGCCCACAGAAUACAACAUCUGUCCCUUUCUCUGCCUUUCCUUCUCAGCUUUCCUUCUACCAGCCUUCUAUUGACAGGGCUGUUCAGUCAAUUUCUCAUCCCCUUUUCCUGCCGUACAGCUUCCCCAAACCUCUCCCCUUUCCCCAGACACAUCCAAUCCAAAAGCAGUUUCCCCUCUUUUCUGGCCCACCUCCCUCAGGAACUAAUCUAUCAGAGCUCUCCCGCCUGUCACCUUUCAACUCCGUCCUUCAGUUCACACAGACUUUAAACUGGCCAGUCAGAAGCAGCACAGAGUGGCCUCUCAACAGAGUCAUGGGAUUACAAGAGAGGAUUAAAAGUGGACCACAAGACAAAAACCAUGACAACCAAGACAACAUAAAAAUAUUUCCUGAGACCAUGCAGUAAACGUUUUAGUACUAUUAUUGGGUUUAAUAUAAUUAUCUUUUUUUGUUGUUGUUUGUAAGUUUAUAAAUCCUUAUUGGCAGGUUGAGA